AUGGUGCCCUGUGUGCCAAGUGAGUCACGUUCCCCAGCUUUCCCUGAGCCAGCCAGGGCCUGCAGUGGGAUCCUCAGGAGCUAUGACAGCCAGUCCCACGAAACUAGGCUGGAGCAAGAGGCUGCGGGACAAGGAGACAUCAGGGGAAUGCAGCCUCUUUUAAAGCACGGCUCCAACCCGGCAAACCCUACAAACUUGCCGCAUCUUUCAUUUUCGGAGGCUCUCAAUCAUCCCCGCAAGGAAACGUACAAGCUACCACACAGGUUGAUAGAGAAGAAGAGGCGAGACAGGAUUAACGAGUGCAUUGCCCAGCUCAAAGACCUGCUGCCCGAGCAUCUGAAGCUGACGACGCUGGGGCACCUGGAGAAGGCCGUGGUGCUGGAGCUGACCCUGAAGCAUUUGAAGGCGCUGACAGCCUUAACAGAGCAGCAGCACCAGAAAAUCAUUGCGCUGCAGAGCGGUGAGCGGUCCAUGAAGUCGCCGGUGCAGGCCGACCUGGACGCCUUCCACUCGGGCUUCCAGACGUGUGCUAAGGAAGUGCUGCAGUACCUGUCGCGCUUCGAGAGCUGGACGCCCCGCGAGCAGCGCUGCGCCCAGCUCGUGGGCCACCUGCACGCCGUCUCCUCGCAGUUCCUGCCCGGCCCUUCGCGGGUCUCGGAGAGGACGAGGAGGGGUGAUCACGAGCGGUACCCGCGGGUGCUCACGCGCCUGUGGCUGGGACUCGGAGGGAUGAACCAUUCGACGGAGCCCGGCGCGAUCCUGCUGCCGCUCUCGGGGCACAGCGCGGUCAGCAGCUCCCCACGACCCGUGUACGGCGGCUGGAGCAGAUUAGCAGGACGAACCCAGUCUCCCCACUCUCUCUUGCUACCCCUGGGGUGA